GCAGCGCCCUAGCCUGGAGAAGUGUCUCUAGAAUGCCGCACUCCCCCUGCACCAGGGUGAGCUCCGAAUCACGCCAUCUUUCUCCAGAAACAGAGGCUGGAAGACCCUCCAGCAUCCGGGACCUCCCUGUCUUUCUGGUGGGAAGAAACCCCAACAAGCUAUUCAUGAAAGAUGGCGAUACUGGAGCUUAGCAAGAUGACUGAAGGCCUCAGGAUGGCUGUUUUACGAUGUCACCGCUGGGUCCCCUCCCAUCUUUUGCUUCCCUCCUAGUCUCAUAGGGUUCAUUUGUAGCCCAACAUCAUGGCCUCCUCAUCUCCUCACUCCCAUUCCAAGAAGCCUCGGGGCAAGAUGGCUGACUGGUUUAGGCAAGCACUGGUAAAGAAGCCCAAGGAGAGGCCUGCUUCCUGCAAAAGCCACCCCAGUGACAGCUCACAGCUGGCCUCAGAGGACAUCCUCCCAUCCUCAAGCCUCGGUCCAGAUGUGUCUGCCACCUCAUCGCCAACACCUGUGGACCCCAGCAGCAGUGGCCGCUGGAGCAAAGACUACGAUGUCUGCGUGUGCCACAGUGACGAGGACCUGGCCGUGGCCCAGGAGCUGGUCUCCUACCUGGAGGGCAAUACUGUCAGCCUGCGCUGCUUCCUGCAGCUUCGAGAUGCAACGCCAGGUGGCGCCAUUGUGUCUGAGCUGUGCCAGGCUCUGAGCAAUAGUCACUGCAGGGUGCUACUCAUCACCCCAGGCUUCCUCCGUGACCCAUGGUGCAAGUACCAGAUGCUGCAGGCCCUGACCCAAGCCCCCGGGGCUGAGGGCUGCACCAUCCCCUUGUUAUCAGGCCUGACCAGAGCUGCCUAUCCACCUGAACUGCGAUUCAUGUACUAUGUGGAUGGCAGUGGCCCGGAUGGUGGAUUUUGCCAAGUCAAGGAAGCUGUCAUGCGCUAUCUGCAGACACUCAGUUGACAGUCGGGAUGCAGAGAGCUGGAGUAAUAUUGGAAAAACAGCCCAUAUUGGGCCUCAGGUUCCAGCAGGUAUGGCAGGAGAUAUGUCAGCAGCCAGAGUUGGCUGCAUUUCAUUCAUGGAAUCAUAUUGCCCAUCAGGGCUUUCUGUUACUAUGGCCUCCCCAGAAAAGUCACAAAAAGUGAGGGUUUCCCCCCAAAGAAGGCCAAGAAGAAGCUGGGCACUCCCCCCCUGGAAGUCUGUGAAGAGCUGGGGAUUCCCCCAGAAGGCCAUGAGGAAGCCACAAGUUGGGGUUGGCAGGAGAAUGUGCAGAUACCAGGAGAGUCAGCAGUAUCUUGCCUGCUGCUGAAUUGGACAGAAAGCUGGCACACACCUGUCUGCUUCCCCUGGAUCAGACAUAGAUGCUCAUAGGCAUCUUUCAAGAGGAAUAAACUUGACUGAUGAGCUGGAAGCUGAGGCUGCAGACCUCAGCAUGGAUCUCUUACUAGUUGCCUGGGGAAGCCCUCAAAUAGAUGUCAGGAGAAAACUACAAGAACAGAGUCCUUUAGACACACACACACACACACACACACACACACACACACACACACACAAACUGCUGCUUUCUUAGACACAUCAACUCACUUCAGAAAGCUGGAUGAAAGGUGACUGUCAUUCUAAGCUAUGGGAUGAAGCAAAACGGAUGGCUGGGCGUGGUGGCAUAUGCCACAUGCCUGUUAUCCUAGCAAUGCAGAUGCACAAAGAGGAUCGCAGUCCAGGCCAGGCUGGGCAUGAAU